AAUCGCAAAUGGCAAAAUGGCGCCUUUCAUAAUGAAAGUUUCCGCACGUGAUGUUUUUGAUGGCAAUUAUUUGACUUAUCUUGUAGAGAUCUAGUAUCGCCGUCAUCAAUGAACGGUGAUGACAAAUUUACAAGACUUCUGUGGAUCUAAGAAUGCAUCACAAUUCGUGUUGUGGAACAACGGUGACUUUGGCGAAUGUUUCAAACUUCUUUGUCUCGUUUGUCCGGCAAAUUUUCUCUUGGUUUGUUCCAGUAUAUUCUUUGCCAGAAGAAAAUGGCGGACAUUCGAGUUUCUGCAGCAUCACUUGUAUUUACUUACGAAGCUUCAGGCCUUGAUCUGCGCGUUAAUUUUUCUGGAAGCACUGAUCGAAGUUUCAUGCUCAUGGUCUUUGAGGACUUACCAUCCCCCAGUCUAUCUAUUAUCGUCCUUCUUAAUUGCCUUGGCUUGGAUUUCAAAUGCAUUUACAGUGUGGAGAAACAGACAGGUCUUUAUUUUAAGACGGUGUUACCCUGCUGUUCACGUGGCAUUCAUACUAUUGGCUUUCCUUAUGAGCUCUAUUCAAGUGUACUCUGUUUUCCAUAAAAUCCAUGGAAAUGAUUUUGAUUCUUUACUCAUUCACGAGUAUGGCACCUUGGUGAGAAUUUGUCUUCAAGUUAUGUUUUUAGUUUUGUUAAUUAUACCAACUGCUUCCAGCACCUGUAACAGGAUUGGUUUGAAUGUAGACUCAUCAACAACUACAUGUAGGAUUCAAAGUAUGAGUCACACUGAACGAGAAGCAAUAUUAAGAUCAGGUUCAAGAGGUACAUUCUACAGCAGUACACAGUGUGUUACAGAUCAUCUUGGUGUUGCUGAAGAAAAAUCAAACUUAUUUUCCAAAUUAACGUUUUGGUGGGUGCGACCCAUGAUGCAGAAAGGUUUCAAGGGAAGACUUCAAAGUGCAGCAGAUCUAUUUAUGCUACCUCAAAGUCUUUCAACGAAGAGGGUCAGAUAUUUGUUUACUGACAAUUUUGAAUGCAUGGAUAACCAGCCAAAUCAGUCAAAUCAAGUGCUAGAUGAUAGCAUCUCCGAUGAUCAUGGAUAUACUUCAAUAAUAUUUUUUCCAGGAACACAAAAAAGUGUUUCUGAUCCAAACUUUAGACUGCGAUAUGGAAGCAGGUCUGUCAGAAAAACUAUAAGUACCAAUAGUGCAGACUUUUCUGAAAAUGAAGAUUCUUCUAUUACAGUUCCCAAAGUUGCUGUCCAGAGAACCCUUUUAAGAGCUCUGCACAAUUCAUUUGGUUUGCAGUAUUACUGUGUUGGACUCCUGAAGUUAACAGGAGAUUCUCUUAGCUUUGCUGGACCACUCUUGUUACAUGCAUUGGUUUCUUUUAUGGAAAACAAGCAGGCAAGUGAAUGUUUACCACACACAGGUAUCCCAACUUAGGGGAAAUGUUUCUUCUAUCUAGGGAUGCCUGUGGCUUUUGAUUGCCCUCUCCAGGUUCAAGUCCUACCAUCCCAAUGGGGGAGGUGCGGGAUUGAUUUAGAGUUUAAAAGAACAAGGCAUACUACAAUUAUUGUGCUAUUUCUAGUCUUUGUUAUGUAACAAGAUGCAAAAAGGUUUUUUUCUGCAAUCCCACACCUUAAUAUUGAAUUAUUUCCUUGGACUGGAAAUUUUGCUCUACUUUUUCUUCACCCAGGCCCUGCUUGUUUAGACAUUGGAUAGCGUUAUCCUGUGGACAAAUCUCUAUCCAGCAGACAGGGCUGUCAAAAAGUUUCUAAGUAGCAAUCUGAUAAUGAAUAGUAGGUAGCUUUGUAACUCGCACCAAAGGCACAAGUUCUUGAGGGAGGAGGCAUAUAUUGUAGAGACAUUUUGAAAAUUAGAGUCUCGGAAAUGGUGUUUCCAGAGGUUUUCAAGAGGUAUUUUCCACCGCAGGUGCCAUGUUGUUUCGUCAGAAUACACAAGACUAGAAGCAAUGCCAUCAAAAUGUCCGUUAGAAUAUGCGUUCAAUGUCAUUCAAAACUGGGAAACCAUGGUUCACAAGAGCCUUGAAAAGUCCUUGAAAAUUGAAAAAUUGAUGGAUAUUCUUGAAAAGUCGUUGAAUUUUCCACAGAAGUCCUUGAAUGUGUUGGAAAGCUCCUUGAAUAAAAAUAGCCUUCAUUAAAAACAAAAUGUUUUGUGCAAAGGAAUGAUUGAAAGCACAGCAGUGCACAAUUUUUCUUGGUGAUCAUGAAAGUGUUUUCUUAUGAUUUUGGUGUUCUUGGCACAGUUCAUUUUCCGUUUUUUUGAAGUACCCUGGGAACUAUGCCUUAAUGGAGGAAGGUAUUGCAAUAAGCGACCCCUCUCCACCUUAAAGGUCUUUACUUCAUGUUAUUGGGGAAAAGGAAGUCCUUGAAAAGUCCUUGAUUUUUCCCAAAAAAUUCUGUAUGAACCAUGGAAAUGGAUGCUUAACAAUUUUAUUCCUUGGUGCUUAUUUUUUGUUAGCAGUUAUGGUAGAAGGAGAUGAAAGUAGCUGGCUAAAGAGGGCUGACUAGCUGGAAGUUUUGGCUGGCUACUGGCCCUUAUUGACAGCCCUGGCAGAUAAAUAUUAGAGAAACCAAUUGUGCUAUCCACUGGAUAGAAAUUUAUCCAGUAAAAUGUAUUAUGUACCUUUUGAACAACUUGCCUGGCCCCAGUUGUUCAAAGGCUGGAUAACACUAUCCACUGUAUAAAUCUCUAUCCAGUGGAUAAGACAAUUGGGUUCCCUAAUAUUUAUCUGCUGGAUAGUGAUUUAUUUCAAUUGGUGGAUAGCACAAUCCAAUGUUUGAAUGUACAGUGGAACCCCGAUAAUAAGGUCACCAAUGGGCUGAAAAAAAUUUGGCCAUAUUAACAGAGUGGCCGUUUUAAUGAGGGUUUUUUUUACAAGAAAAUGUGUGGCGGUUUUUGCCAGGCGGCCAUAAAAAAGUAGCUGUAAUAACAAGGUGACAGUAUAACCGAGGUGGCCAUAAUAAGGCGGGAUUUCACUGUAUAAAUGGGUUCUGGUAACAUACUGCUAAGGAUAACCCUGUGAUUGACUAGCAUCCUGUUUAGGGGGAAAUAACAAUGCUCCUGGGUGUUUUUUGCUACAGAAGCUGGAGGAAGCUUUGUGAAGGGUCGUGUCACGAAUUCAUGAAUGACAAUUUUGCGUUUCACAAGUCACAAAACAAAUAAAGUAGUUAUUGACCUUUGAUCUCAGCCACAUAUUCAGGUGAUCUCUGCACGGCUAUAAACUCCCUAGGGAUCGCCAUCUGUAGAUGGGUCUGAGUGUACUGAAGUGUGAAGUUACAUCAAAAGGCUCAAAAGUGAAGUUAAAUCAAACCACCAGGUGCUAGUUAUGAUAGUUUGGCAAAAUUUCAAUUGAUCUUCAAUGUACGUGAACGCAAUCAAGGAUUUUGACAGUUCACGUUUCAUGGAGUGCACUUCAAUCACCAUUCACAGAACAGUUUUUCAGUUUGUCACGAUUCAUGGACACUAGUCCUUGUGGGCUCCAUGGCUUGUGUGCACCUUAAGCUGUUUUAUUUUUUUUGCCUCUUCUCAUUAAUAACUGCCUGAACUUAUUUCAGUGAAUGAGUGAAUGAAUGAAUAUCCUUUAUUUAAACACAAUCAGAAUAAAAGCAGUAAAUUGCUUGAGGGGUCAUGUAUACUAAGAAAAAAAUGUAUAAUCAUUCUUAUCUAACUACUGUUUACAUAAAAAAUAAAAAGCUAAAAAAUGUACAUUAAACGUUAAAAAUAAAGAUUAAAAUUUAAGAUUUUGUAAUUAAUGAUGUGCCCUGAUAGGAAGCCUUACUACACUAAACAAUGUGCAUCUUGUAAUUGUCUCAAUAUAUAACUCAAUAUUUCAGGAACCAAUGUAUCAUGGCUACCUCUAUGCAUGUGGACUGUUUCUGACCACAUUUUGCUCAGCAUUCAUUAAUUCACAGUUCAACUAUUGGGUGAGAAAAAUUUUUUUCAGCUUCAGUCAAGCCAUUUUUAGUAAUGAAAUAACAUUAAUUCACAACAUUUUAUCAUAAUAUAUUUUUUCAGGUGAAUAAAAUUGGUUUGAAGAUUAGAGCUGCUGUGAUAACUACAGUUUAUGACAAAUCUUUGUCUGUCAGCCUGACAACCUUGUCAAAGUUUUCUUCAGGAGAAGUAUAAAGUUUGCCUUAAUUUGUAAUACUCACCAUUAAUUGACACACCCAUUUACUCUUGAGUUUAAUCAGAGUUUAGAACCGGUGGGGAAAUAUCAAAACAGAACACUUGCAAAAUUUAGACAAGUGCAAUGUAAAAUUGUUAGCUAAAGGUAUAUGCAGUGGGAGCGAACUACUACACACUGCCAUGCUGCCUCUCAAUAAAAAACUAAAUACAUGUGUUAUAAAUUUGUUAGAAAAAAAUUGCAUAUUUAUAUACCUAGGAAUAUAUUUUUUCGCCAUCUUUUAAUAACAGGGUUCGGACAGUCUUGAAAAGUCCUUAAAUUUAAGGGGAAGUCCUUGAAAAGUCCUUGAAUUCCAUUUUUCCUUGAAAAGUCCUUAAAUUUCUGUUCAAGUCCUUGAAAAGAGCUUGAAUUUUCUUCAACUUUGAAUGUAGUAGCCUGGAAAGAAUUUUUUGAUGCUUUUUGGUUGUCCAAGACAGAAUAUAAAUCGUAGCUCAGUGAAUGUAAAGGUCAUUUACAUAAAGUGCUUCAUGUUUUAUGCAAUAAUUAACUAUCAGUUUAAGACAAGUGAACUGAAAAAUGUAGAGAAUUUGGUGAAGCAAACAGUUAAAGCCUUAAAGUCUUAUUAGAAUAGACUGGGAAAUGCAUUUUUGUACAAUCUGUGAAAUUAUAUUCCUAGUAGGUUGUCCUUGAAAAUCUAAUGUGGUCCUUGAAAAGUCCUUGAAAAAUGGUUGCAAUUUUUUGUCUGAACCCUGAAUAAUUCACCCUGAAUUAUUUUAAUAGGAUCAGUCCGAAGUUUCUUGGUGUCGUGGCUGAGGCAGUCACUCACUGAAUGCCAAGAAUAGGUGGAUUCAAAGUAAAUGAUGGGCGCAGCUUUGAUUAAACUUUUUCCAGUUAGUGCUCACAAAUUUCUACGCAUGGUCUUUGCAGGUUGUAAAUUUUAUGAGUACAGACACAGACAGGGUGGUAAACUUUGCUCCUAGUUUUCAUCAGUUUUGGAGUUUACCAUUUCAGAUUGCAGUGUCACUGUACCUUCUCCAUCAACAGGUAAAUAAAAUAAUGCUGUUUGACUAUAAAAGAACAAAUUAUGAAUUAUUGGGAGGCAUUUUGUGACAGCUUGGUAUAAUUAACAUUGUGAUUUAAAUUCUUUGUUUUUUGCUAUUUAAAAGAUCAGAAAACUUUAAUGUAAUGUUUUAAAAUAAUGAGGUACCGGUAGUUUUAACCUUAACUAUAUUAAUAUUCUGUAAAUCCUCUAUUUAGCCCCUGGGGGGCUUUUUUAUUUCACACACAUUUAAGCGGGAGUAGGGGAAGCUUAAUACAGAUGGGGGGAGUUAUUUGAGAGGGUGGGGCUUAUUUAAUUUAGCCCAAAGGAUGGUAUCAGUUCUCCAUAAAGAACUAGAAUACAUUUAGUGGAAAAGCUCAAGUACAAGAAGUUGGAGGUCAUGCAGCCGAGGAUCAUAAAUAAAUGCGAACUUCCAGUUGGUGAAUAAACAUCCUGGAUCAGUACACACGAAGUUUUACAAUCAUAAUUCAUUAAUACAGUCUAUCAUUUAUUAGUGAAGAAUAAUGAGGGGGAAGAAGAGUUAUCAUUAAUAAAAAAAUUGUAGCUUAAUAGUAAAUAAAUUAUUACUGAUAUUUAAUAUUGAUUAUUUUAUCUUUCAGGUUGGCAUAUCAUUCCUUGCAGGUCUUGGCUUUGCUCUUCUUCUUAUUCCAGUGAACAGAUGGUUGGCUGAAAAGAUACAGAAACUCAGCCAAGAAAUGAUGACCCAGAAGGACAAAAGAGUCAAGGUAUCAGCUAAAAUCCAUUUUGUUACUGAACGAGUAGGGCAAAUAACCUUUUUAAGGUUAUUUGCCUUACUUUAAUUGCUUGAUCAAUGCAGACUAUCACUCUGUAUACUGUAGACAAGAGGUCACUAUAAAUUUUUCAAUUACUGUCUAUCUAUAGUAAUCAGUAAGCUUCUCAUGUUAAGCAUUUUUUCAUGGAAAUUUUCCUCGCAAACACCAUUUGAAGCUAUAACUAGAGUUGUUUUAUGGUAGCUCUCUGGCUUAACCAAAUGUGCAUGUAUCAUUUCUGCGUGGGCAUUCAUGGGUGAUUCAAGCAUGAAUGGUCUAAACAGAGUGUGCUUUGAGUCACAGUCCACUUGCAGAAAAUUUGAUCCUUAUUAAUUUUCCUCAACUUUUGUUGAUUUUUGUUGUUGUUGUUGUUUACUUUUUUACUAAUUUAGGUGAUGAAUGAAAUUUUACAUGGUAUCAGAGUAAUUAAGUUUUAUGCCUGGGAAAAAAACUUUGAAGAAAACGUUACUGAGUUAAGGUAGGGAAUGAAAUAUCCAAAAGUUAUUAACUAUUACUUAAGCAUCAUUUCCUCAUGAGAGUUGAUUUCUUUGCUAAUGGGCCAAUCCCCUAGGCAGACUUGUAAGCAAAAACGUGAUGACACCUUCAUACAAAUAUUGUGUACUUCCAGAAAAAAAAUUAAUGUUUAUACCCUCACCGACAGAAGAGAUUUAUACCUCUCCCCUCCCCUCCUCUGUGGAAAUUCCAAAUUUUGCUUCAUACACUGCUUUUUAAAAUUCUCUUUAAGAUGCAUCCCCUUCCUUCUGCAAUUUGCAAUCCCCUCAAGGGAAAUAUUGGUAUUUUCUAUGACUUUGCCUUUAAAUUUUUGGCCUUACAGAAGAAGAGACUUCUCUUAUGCAGAUCACUUUUUCAUUCUGGUCCCAAGCAAGGGUGUUGACUUACUAUAGGCUCAAUUAUUGUUUGAAGUUUGGUAUUCAAAUUAUUGAUGUUGAAAACACAAUACAAUUUAUUUUCAGAGCUGCAGAGUUGAAAAGCUUAAAAGGAAGGAAGUACUUGGAUGCCUGGUGCGUUUAUUUUUGGGCAACAACACCUGUUAUCAUCUCUAUACUGACAUUCACAACUUAUGCUUUGCUGGGAAACAAGCUGACAGCAGCUAAGGUGCAAAUAGUUUUACUAUUAAUGUUUAAACAUGUACAGUGGAACCCUGUUAAUACGGACAUUGACAGAGCACGCCAUAGUGUCCUUAGUAAACAGGUGUCCAUAUUAAGUGGUUUAAUUGUAGAGAAAAUAUAUGAGUCUUUUUUUGUAGGUCCAUACUGAGUGGGUAUCAGUAAAAAAAAGAAAAAUGCAAACUUGAAAAAUAAAUUUGAAAAAUUAUAAGUUGUUAUUGUGGCAUGAUAUGCCUAGUACUAAAGUUUCCUAUCAAAGAAACACAUUAAAGAGAUCAACAGCGACCUUAAAGCUUGUGGAGUUGUUGCAACCUGCAGUUCUUGACACUUGUAACAUUAAAACUUUCCAAAUCAUUCUUGUUUUCAGCGAAUCUUGAACAACAGCCCAUGUUCAAUAUAUUUAAAUUCGAGCAUUACUCCAAGGCUUUCUGGUCAUUUUUCUAUAUUUUUGGCAAUUGGGAGACAAUGGAGUCAUGAAAACUUUGCUAUCUUGUCUGUAGAUCCUCAAAGUCAUGUCAAAAUAUUAAUUUAGUACAGUGAAUGUGGGCCAUUUAAACCACAUUAUUUUAUAGUCAUUAUUACCCUGUUACUUUUUUAACAUGAAUGUCAAGCAAAGUUUAUAGCCUGCUUAGCAAGCGUUUCCAAUUGAGUCAUUGUGCGAACAUUGCAGAGAAGGGGGAAAAAAAGGGAAGAAGGGGAAGGAAAGGGGAGGAGGAGGGGAGAACAGGAAACGUUCUCCCAUCUCCCUCUCCCUUCAUUCCUCUUUUUUUCUCUCAUCCCAACUUUCUCGACCAACUGUACAAAUAACUAUAUUUUGUCCAAACAAGAAAAUGUCUCAUGUAUGUCUUCGUGAUUCUAAAAUGCCUGCAUGUCAGCAACAUGAUGGUCAUCAUUACUUCAUUAUCAUUAUAAUUUUUACUACUACUCUUAAUCACCGGUAUGCUACGAACUAUGAUUCUUAAGUCUUCACUACGGGCCCGUUUACAUGGAGGUGGGGGACCCCAGGUUGGUGAGGUAACCUGCUUAGGUGGGGUAACCCGCCUGUCCAUAUAAUCUGUCAUUUUAAUCUGAUCACGUUUACAUGAUGAGUGGGGUGACCCGCCACAUGUUAUCUCACCUACGUGGGGUCUCCCACCUCCAUGUAAAUGGGCCUAAAUGUGAUUCAUUAUUUGCCUUUGCAGGUCUUCACUAGUGUGGCGUUGUUUAACAUGCUCAUUUCUCCACUGAAUGCCUUUCCUUGGGUGCUGAAUGGACUGAUGGAGGCCUGGGUCUCAGUUAAGAGAAUUCAAGCUUUUUUGUCUUUGAAUAACCAGGAUUUAACAGGCUACUAUGGACAGCUGGAAUGCUCUGAUAAGGCAGACAGUAAGUUUAGCUAAUAAGGUUUCCACUCAGAAAAAUAUUCCCCAAAGCAUUCAAGCUGCUCUUGUAGAAACGGUGCUUAAAAAAGUUACCCAGCGAAAGGUGGAAUUUCAGAGUUAACAUGGAACGCGUAAAUCAGUGUAAAGUGCCAUUAAUAUUUCGAGUAAAUUUUGUCUUUGACAAAAGGCGACUUUUAUUUACGACGAGCCGACCAAAACGGACUUUUCAGUAAUACUAGCAAUUUCAGUACCUAACAAUAUAUUUGUUACAGAAUAGACAAGAAUAUCAAAAUAACCGCUUAAAGUUGUAGACGAUCAGAAAAAAAGCAGAAAAUGCCAGAAGGUAGCGUUGGCUCGACAUUUCUUUGGUUUCCUUUUCGCUAUAUUUUCUUGUAUGGUGUAGUUCAGUUUUUUUUUCUUUAUGUAGCCGUGACUUUGUCAAUAGGAUACUUUUUCUUGUUCAAUUUGAGCUUGAGUUCGUACAUUACAUGUUAAUUAACUACUUAAAUAAGGAAAAUUAUAAUUCAAUGAAAUGAUUUGAAAAUGCCUUGACGAAAUUGAUAACAACAGAAUUGUGUGUUCUAUGCCUCGUUCUUGUACAUUGUGGUAUUUUUAAAAUGUCUUUUGGUACUACACGUUUCAGUUGCCCGUGCCCCUGAAGUAUUUAUAAGCAAUGGUCAUUUCAGCUGGAGAGAACUGGAGGAGUCUACAGGUGAAGACGGUGAAGUCUUCUCUACCUCAGGAGAACUGACAAAUAUAGACUUCGGUGCUGAGAAAGUAAGCAAUCUUCCCUAGUAGGUACUACCUAAUUGAAACCAAGUCGUGCUACUGCCGUGUAGCAAGGCAAGCCUGGAAUAUAUAGCCAUUUCACUACCAAUAUGUGAGUAUGUAAAUAGUGAUAGGUAAUAAUUUAACGUAUUCCUUUCUUAGGAAACGUUAUAGGAUUGACCUCGUGUUUCCUUUUCAUGAUGUAUUUUAUUUUUAUUUUCUUACCUUUAAACGUCAUGGAUAAACCAGUAUUGUUUAUCGCAAAAAUUUAAAUUUCCUGUUAUAAAAUCAUAAGAAUUGAAUAGUUGCAAAAGUUCUUCCAGAGAGGUUUUAUUUGAAUGGUAACUCUAAAGAAUUUUGUCACAGACAACUUAAGAGCCCGGCGACAGAUAAUCUCACCGUAGUGUGGCCCAGGAGGGAAAGGAUUAAGGAAGGUGUCCAAUGUUUUCGCGUUGCACCAUACAUGAAUUUACCGGGAAAUGUGGGUGGAAGCUUGCAAAUAGGUUUUCUUUUUAGAAUUGACAUUGACAUUUUCUAGAAGGGUCACCGUUUUAGUCAGCCGGACAAACCGGGAAAAUUGUUGGACAUUAUGUUGACCUUUUACAAAUCUGCAUGGUCAAAUAUGGAGAAACGUUGUCUUAAGUAGUAGGGUCACCCACCUACCCGCGCUACACUGGGUGACUGAGCCGACUUUUCAUACAUUUCCUUGCAAAACUUGGCGAACCGUCUACAUGAAAUACAAAUAGUUCAUUAUAUCUUCCUCUGACAAUAUAGCCCUUGGAUCCCUCUGUUGAGGCGAUGACAACUGCUGCUAGGUUUUCAAUACUGGCACCUUAUACCAGAGGCGUAUAGCAACACUAUUGCAAUCGCACAUCAUUAUUAUAGACUUUUGUCCCCGGGGGGACUCCCAUAUUAAAGUGACCGGAUGCUCAUCGUCUGGCUUUGCGGUGUAAAUUGUAGAUUUUGGUCUCACUUAGGGUGUUUGGGAUGGAAAUUCACUGUAUUUGCCCAUUCACUGACCCCACAUAUAUCUCCCUUAGGGGCAGGAGCCGGUUUGAUUUGAAUUUUUUGACAAGCAUUCCCGUCACUUUUAUAUGGAAAUUCCGCCGGGGCUUUUGGCAAGGACCACGGAGGCGUCUAGUACAGUAACCGGAAGUAAUUUUUUUCCCGCCACGCUUCAAUGUCUCAAGGUUUUCAAACCAUGACGGCGACAGUGGUCAAAAUGUCGCUUUUUAAAUAAAAAACCGAAUUCCCAUUCUUUCAAACUGGUUCGCGAUUAUUACAAGUCGCUUUACAAGGCGAACUUAGGGCCCGUUUACAUGCAGGUAGGUGAGGUAACCCGCUUGUCCAUAUAAUCUCUAAUUUUUUAUGUGAUCACGUUUACAUGAUAGGUUGGGUGACCCGCCGAGGCGGGUAGCCCUGUCUGCCAAACCGGGUAACCCUCAGGUUCUCCUCUCUGGGGUCCCCCACCUUCCUGUAAACAGGCCCUUAUAGAGGAAAAACCUUCGUCUUCGUUUGUUUAGCCGUUUGUUUACUACCUCAAUAAGGUGUGAAAUUAGGCAUUUUCACGUUGUGGUCGUGCAGUGAUGGCAAAGAAAUGUCGGUAAAACAAUAAGGUACGCGUGCAAAGUUGUUGACUUGUUAAUUUUAACUUAGAAACUGGCUAUGCUACUCCUCCUGAAUAGCACGUUGAGUAUUGCACUUUUUAUGCUUAGAACGUUAGUGUGUAUUUGCCUUUUUGGGUCAUCCACUCACUAAUAAUCGGGCACGCAAAGGUACCCCUCACAUGUAUAAACGGGUAACGGGCCCAUAAAGAUACCCAGUCACAGUAAAAACAGGCUCACAAGGUUACCCAGUCAUUUUAUAAUGGGGCUCACGAAGAUCCCACUACCUUUCAUUUACCUCACAAAUAUAUUCGUUGCCUUUUUUGUAUAUUAAACACACAAAGGCGUUUACUCCCACCAAAUACUAAACUCACUAUCGAUACAUCAUUUUGGACAAAUGAAGGCGGGUUUGCCAAUGUACUAAACCCCCCGGCCAAAAAAAUCCCAAACGAUUCUUGAACAAGGUGGCAAGGCAUGCAAGUUAAAAAUAAAGCAAAAGUGAAAACAUAAAGCAAAUGUACACUGGAACUGCCUCCCUGAAGCCAUGAUUGUAUCAUCACGUUUAAUAGAGUCUUUUAAAUGUUAUUUAUCAGCUUUUCUCAGGUAAUAGUUACAUAGUUAUCUUUCCUUAAUUUAAGAUCAUUAUUUUAUAUUAUUUUACGGUUGGUGUGAUGUCUUAGCGAUUUUUACCGACCUAAUAUAUGUAGAUGUACACCUUAUCACAAAGGCGGUAAUAAAUUCCCACGAGUUUGGCCUAAGUGUUGUUUUCGAGUGGCGCUUAAUUUUUACGAGCGGACGUGCGUUAAAUUGACGUUCGCAAAUAACAUAGAGGUAAUGCAUGAAAGGUCGCUCGUAAGAGUAAAAGUUGAACCACGCUUAACUUCUCGUUUAAGCUCAGCAUUCUUUAUCUUGCCUCUACUAUAUUUACGUGAUUAAAAUUUACGUGCGUUAACGUCCGUAGCCAAAAACGCGUCAGUGGAAAUCAACCUUAACCAACACAGGCGAAACUCCGACCCGACCCGCCGAAACGAAGAAAUAGAUAACAACUCACCAUGUAGUAGGCAAUACAUGUGUCCCUCGAGGAAAAACAGAACCUUCCACAACUUGCGGAAAAAAUGUACAGAGCAAAAGGAUUCCGUCACCUCUCCUUGGCGUAGAAGUGGAGUUCGAAGGUCUAGCACGUGGCUGAAUAGCAUUGUGUGUUCCAAGACAGUCACACUCGCCGACGCACCUGUCUGAGCUUCAUUUCCAACAUCUUGUACUGUUUGCGGUUGCAAAGGAAGCACGGCCUGGUGAAACGCGGCCGACGAAACGGUAACAGGCCGUGCGGAGCAGAGCCUUCCUGACCCGCGUUCAGUGACACUCUUUACGAACUGACAACGUUGCAUAUAUCAUUCAGAUUUACGUAAUGCCUAAUACGUCAUCGUAUAAAGGGAUAAUGAAUAUUACAUGACUGUGAAUAUCAUCACAUUAUCUUCAUUUUAUGACUGUCAAUAGUUGGCUUGACCAGAAGGGCGACCCGCUAUUGUGAUGAUAGGGUCACCCCUCCUAGCCAGGCCAACUUUUCUCCCUAAUAAACACUUGGGCUGGCAUUGCCGGGUCAACUCGGUCAGCAGAGCCUGCGCUAGCGUUGUUGGCUUGGUUAUAGGGCAAAGGGGUCAAUUUUGCUCAAGUUGACUCGGCUGGGAGGGCGAUCCGUCUACCGGAGACAAGUUUUUUUCCAUAUGUAGCUAUUUCGAGAAAGGUUGUCGGAUAAAGUGCACGCGACAACCCCCAAAGGUAUUGUGGGUGGUUUUGAGUUCACUUUUUUUCAAAGAAAUUUGAUAGAAUGGCAGGAGAGGCCAUGGACGGUAUGUCUGUGAGUGCUAAAGGAAAGCAACAAAAGUAGGUUCGACAGAUACAGUGUCAGGAACAGUGUAUUGAACAUAUCCUAUAUUACCUUUCGGGAUUGUCGCGUACACAUUUUUUCCGACAACCUUCCUCGAAAUAGCUGUAAACGAGGCCUAAAAGAUGUCAGUGGCGAGAAGAGCAUAUAUGUAUAGCGAUACUUCUUGUUUGUAAAUGUUGUAGGUAAUUUUUUCAUUUCAGUUAAUUUUUAUUUUUGCAGUGUUUUUGGGUAUGAUAAUGUAUGCUAAUGAAUUUAAAACGAAGGAAAAACGAAAAUUAACUUAAAUAAAAAAUUAACUGCAACAUAAACAUUGUUUUUGUCAUUCAAAUGUGCCAACCACUGAAAAAAGAACCCACUGUUUCAAGAGCCAAUAAGCCCGUGGCUGGCACAUUAAUAGUGAACUUACGUAACAGAACGUGAGAGGAAAGACGACGGCAAACCUCGUGUGCAAGUGUGACGAUAAUUGUGUUUGAAAAAAACCUUCCACCAAACUUAACAUUCCUUUAAACAGAUCUUUUUUUAGAAGAGCAAAAAGAGCAGUGUUAAGUGAAUUCCUGACAAACACGCAAGUAAUAGUCCUGUCACGUUUGUCACACUCAAGCGUUUUGCCGUCGUCUCCUUUCUGCCGUCCUGUUGUGUAAACUCACUAUUACCGUAACGCAAAAUAUCGCUAUAUACAGCAACAAACGGAGGGCCCGCCCUUUAGAACGUGACAAGUUGAAGAGUUUCUUCCUUCUCUUGCAGGGACAGCUUAUAGGUGUAAUCGGAAAAGUUGGUUCUGGAAAGAGCUCGUUAUUAGCCGCCAUUACAGCGGAGAUGGAAAAACGGCUGGGAGAGGUACGUCUUAGCCUCCGUUUUAGCCAGCUAUAUGACUUUGAGAUUGUUCCUGGUUCUAUUAUUUAGGAUGUUUGUAUGAUGUAUACCGUUCUGCUGUGCUUAAUGUAGGUUUUUGUCAAGAAAUUGGAACGCGGAUUUGGCUUAGUUACCCAGGUGAGGGCCUUUUCGACUUGUGGCUGUUCUGUCUCAUCAUUUUGUUGUUGUUGAGGAAUAGACAGUGUUUUAUUAGCUUCAUAACUUGCUUCCACUGAGUUGUUUUCAAAUUAUUUAUGUGAGUGCUUUACCAAAUUUUUGUCCAAUGUGAUCAGUGCCAAGGGCAACAAGAUUUUUUUUUUACAAGACUUAACGAAAAGCAGCUUUAUAUAAGUCAACCCUCAUCUCCCAUGCGUUGCACUGGACCCAAGAUUUCCCGCGCUUUAGUUAUACCGUUAAAUGUUUUUCGCCCGUACUUUAAGCUGGUUAGGCGUUUUCCCGCGCUUUACGUCAGUUACGUGUUUUCGCACGUUUUUACAUCUUUGCUCCUGCAGUACGUUUACCCGAGCAAGGCACCUUGCCAAAAGCACACUUUUUCCACAGUCACGGCGUUGUGAUUAGCCACAUUUCGUGACUAUCCUUGAAGUCUUCAUUUUGUGGAGAACUUUUGCAAGUGGAGAACUAACUCAUCUUCUCUGGAUACUUCAGGAAUCAUGGAUUCAACAUGGGACGGUGAAGGAGAACAUUUUGUUCGGCAUGCCUUUUGAUGUGGAGAAAUACAGUGCAGUGAUUGACGCUUGCGCUCUGGUGGAGGUAUGAAAAAAAGUGUGCUGUUGGUUACGCUGUACCGAACCGCAUCAGUGAAGGCUUAGGGGCUUAUUGGAUUAUUGACUGCGGUGCAGCGAAAGAUAUUUACCGAGAAACUAACGAGAGUACUUAAAAGCUGAGGUUGUCAAUUUCACUGUUUCAAUUAUCAAUUAACUGUAAAUUAAAUAAACGUUUUGAAUAUGUACUAGAAAAAGUUCCGAAGGUUUGAAAACUGAAACUGCAGAAUUGUCGUCCCCAUUUGCUAACAAAAUUUUACUUCUUGGCCGCGAAGGGUUUUCAACGAAAAGAAGCUUAUUAUUAAUUAUUUUUUUAACCUGGUUAAUCAAACUUUAUACUUCGACAUCUUUGCCCAUGCUUGACCUCAGUAAGGUCUGAGAGAACUUAGCAUCGUUCCUGUCAAUUUGUGUGUUAGGCUACCUGAUCACCGUAGACAACGUUCAACCGUUCACUUAACCACCACGUAACAUCGACGCAUCAACAUAUGCCAGUUGUUGUGUAGGUUUUAUAGGAAAGUAUACUGUCACCUUAACAGUCAGUUGCUGGGGUUGGUCGGGGCUUUAGUUUUGUAGUGCUGGUGUGUCGUUAGAGAUUCCGGCUUAUUGAGUGAAUUAAGAAUCAACCUUAUUUGUAGUAUAUACCGGAGUAAUCCCUUUUAUAAAUUGAGUUUCUGAGAGCUGUCAAAUUGUAAUGUGUAUCAGAAUAAAAAUUAGCACUUUUUACUGUCGCAGUUUAUAUGAGCACUGUUUCUUAACUCGAAGUUCGGUUGUGGGGUUUAUGAUCGCUGCAGCCAGGUUCCUCCUCACAAUCGUAGACUCUGGAACAGCACUGAGAGACACUGUUAUUUUCCUUUUUUAAGGACCUCCAAAUUCUUCCAUCUGGUGAUGAAACUGAAAUUGGCGAAAAUGGCGUUACGCUGAGUGGUGGUCAAAAAGCGCGAGUGUCUCUCGCCAGGGCUGUCUACCAGGUUUGAAUCAUUUUAAGUGCUGUAAACACACUUUUUAUAGUGCGUGUUUUUGUUGUUGUUGUUGUUGUUGUUGUUUGAUUCUUGUUGUUUUUCAGAGUGCCAAAAGGAAUUCUGUGGUUAUAUUUGGUUUUGUCAUAUCACUUUUUUGUGACUCGCUUAAUAAAAAAAUCACUGCAUUUUCUUAAUCCAUCACAACUGAAGCCAGAACAAAUCAUUACUUGCUCACACACAUGGCAUCCGCUGAUGUAUUUGCUGAAAGAUCUGUUAACUUGAAAAUUAUUGCGCCAUCUCCUCGACCAACCAGGAUCAAAGCCAAGAGUAAUCGUGACUUGCUCAUGCGCUUUUUCCCCGCCCAUGGCAUCCUUUAAGUGUCUUUGAGAGCAAAGUAAUUGCUAUCAAGAAUUCUAAGAAACUGUAAGCUCAAGAUUAACGUUAGAAGACUUGCAAAGUGUUUGCGUCGUUUGCUUCUAAUUUUGUUCUGCGGUAGCCAGUUUAAGCUCUUUAUUGUCGGGCAGAAACCAAUUAUAUUUUGGAACUUUUGCUCGAUCCCUUUUUCCCACGCUUGUUAGACUGUUGCGUAUUUGAUUCUAGGUCUCGAUUGUUCGUUAUUUUUAUUUCUUUGUAUUUCGCUCGGUUCAGCUUGCAUUGUUGUUACUUGUGUUGAGAAUAUUCUUGGUGUUUUUAUACUCAGGAUAAAGAGAUUUAUCUUCUUGAUGACCCUCUGGCGGCUGUAGAUGCCCAUGUAGCUGCGCACCUCUUUCAACACUGCAUCAUGGGGCUUCUGAAGAAUAAAACCAGAAUACUUUGCACCCACCAUACUCACUUCCUGUCAGCUGCGGAUCUGUUGGUUGUCAUGGACAACGGUUCGAUAGUCCACAGUGGUCCUCCGGAGGACAUUCUCCGAGCGGAACAGAUCAUGAAAACUAUCGCAGAGGUCCCAGAGGAAGCUGCAAGUGAAGGUGGAAGUAAAAAGGAAAGUAUAGAGGACAAAGAAGAUGAAGAAAACGUGGACGAAGGCUUGGUAAAAGAAGAAGAGAAGGAAGUAGGCGUGGUUAAACUGCACGUGUACAAGUCGUACUGGCUUGCGAUUGGUCAUUGCUUGGCAACGAGUAUUUUACUGUCACUGCUUCUUAUGCAGGGUAAGGAAAUUCCGCCGGUUCAUCUUAUCUCUCGCAAAACAAGUAGAAACCUGUAAUCAUCAACGGUUCCGUGACUAACAAGCGAAGACAGAUAGUUUCAUUGACAGCAAGGUGACAUGUCUUUUGUCGGCUCACACGUUUUACAUUUUUCCCCCCUUAACAGAAAUUGCCCACUUUUCCAUGCUUGUCACCGGUGACAGGUUUUUCCUCGGCUGUGCUGCAGGUUGCAUGUUUUCUCAUAAUUUGGAACAAAGGCAAAGACGUUUCUGAACGACACACGGCUUCAAGUAACUUUUUGCAUUCUUAGGCAGUGGUUUGACCCAAAUUUUUGGACAGAUCGUCUCUUUAAGAGUGAAGACACCUAUCAAUCUGCGAAAGGUUUGAACCCAGGAGUCAUUUCAAAAGUAGGUUGAGUUUGAUCGUCCUGGUGAACGUAGUCCUUAAUAGGACUGUUGUUGUUGACGGUGACUGACGUUUCGACAACCUGUGCGGUAGUCGUCUUCAGAGUCAAAGUGAGCUGUAUCACGUCGGUUGAUGGUAUUAUAUACUCUGGUUAUUGACCUAUCAAUAGCAAAAGAAAUUUGGUAGGGUUUCUAGUUGACGUGUGUCGCGAAAAACGUCUUUGCUUAAGUUUUCUAUUAUGUAUUGAAUACAUCAUUUACCAUACCGAUAAACCUAUCCUUCUAUUUGUCACCUUUUAGAACUGUAUUUCCUCUGCUUUUGUUUUGUGUCUUCAUUUUUUAGAUAUAUCAAAUUCCUUCAAAGGAACGCCAUUAUUUUUUUUCCUUUAGCUUCACGCAAUGUGAGUGACUGGUGGCUGGCGUAUUGGAUUUCUCACUCCCGCGUUACUAACAGUACAGCGGAUCACGUGAACUCAACAACAAAGUAUAACUUGAAUCACGUAAUUUUAAGCGCACUGAAUCCUGUUCAGUCGGGAUUACGUGUCCAUAUUGUCAAGAACACUGUGACAUUUUAUCUUCUUGUCUAUGGUGGACUUGCUCUUGCUAACACGGUUAGUUAAAUUUUAAGCAUUCAAAACAUUACUGGUUCUCCUUUCCUCGUUUCAACUGUUUUGCCCAUCUUGUUAUCGCAAGGUUAUUUCUCUUCUUGCGAUUCGUCCUUAGAAUAAAGUUCCUUCCUAUAUUUACGUUCGUACGCUAGUCGAGGAUGAAGCUAUAUUUGCAGCAUAUCGUGAUCAUUGAGACUGAUCUCAUAAUUUUACCUCAGUUAUCAAAAGAAUGGCUCAAGUCUUCCACCCUUUGAAAAAAGAGAGAAGUAAAUAAAGCCUCUGAAAAUGAACAUAUAAUACAAUCGGUCGCAAAAUUAGUUGAGACACUUUGCCCUGAGGGACAUAUUUCAUAUUCAGUUUUUUCGACACAGUCUACUUCAAUAUGGGAAAUGAAGCUAUCCCUCCUAAUCCCCUCGAAGAAUUCUACCUCAAAAAAGGAAAUUGUACCUUUCUCUCCCCCACCCUCUUAAAAAGAUCACAUUAAAAGGUUUGGUUGCGUACGGCUGUUUCGCAAAGUGGACAUCUAUACGCGCAUGCUAAACUCUCUGUCACAAGUCUUGCUAACUCUUAGUGUUAAUUUUAUUCGAUGUUUUUUCGUUUUUUGUUAUUUACUUUGUUAUUAUUUUCUGUAGAUUUUCACUCUGUUUCGAGCGUUUCUGUUCGCUUAUGGAGGAAUAUGUGCUGCUAAAGUCCUUCACAAAAGAUUGCUGAAGAGCAUUCUGUCAGCUCCUGUGUCAUUCUUUGACGUAACUCCGGUAUGUCGCCAUUACGUCAUUACUUGUCCACUUGCAACUGCUAAGAAUGCGCUGAUCAUAAUUGCUGUCAAGACUCAACAACCUUUGAAAAACGCUUUUGUCUUGGUAAUAGUCCAAAUCUUUGUAAUCAGGAUUCCGAUAUAUCAACGCUAACUGCUAGGACACACAGUGCAAUGUAUAAGCGGUAACGUGCAACAUUUGCUGUGCUUACAAAGUAGAUUCGUAAGUUAGUAUUGGCCAAGGAUUCAGUCCUCUGAUUCUCAAAAGGUGCAGAUCACCCGGACUGGACCUUCUAAAAAUCAGGCCAAGGAUUCAGUAAAUAUUUCCCAGCAAUCCAUGCCUACCCGGCUAUACUAAUCAUGCUAUUGCCAAAAGUAAUCUAUAUCUCUGAUUCAGAAUUUAAUUUUAAAUAAGCUGCUUUUGACUGUUUUGAUAUUGCGACCGUCAACAAAACCGUUUUUUUUUACUUAUUUUUUAGAUUGGACGAAUUGUGAAUCGGUUUUCAUCCGACAUUGUAAGUAACAGUAAUGUACUUCUUGUGUAUUUGUUUGUAAUCAGUAUGUACGUCGUUUCUCUAAUCAACACUUUUGUAAAUCCCAUUAUUUUCAGUACUCGAUAGAUGAUAGCCUCCCGUUCAUUCUGAAUAUAUUUCUAGCCCAGGCCUUUGGCGUGGCUGGUACAGUGGUGAUCACGUGUUAUGGUUUACCGUGGUUUCUUCUCGUCCUAGGCCCUCUCGUUCUUAUGUACUACUACAUCCAAAACUACUAUCGGAGAACGUCGAGGUAAAUGAAAUUGAUUAUUACAUAAAUAAAAUACCGACUAUAUAUCAAAACUGUUGUUAGUGUGUACUCUACGUCCCUCAGUCGACAAAAAGAAUAGCUACCAUUCUUCUUGGUCAUAAUCAGACUAACGGUUAACGGAUGCCUUCAGGGAUAUCUCAUAUGCUUGGGAUGUAGCGAGUCCCGACUAAACUGCAGAUUAAAGCUCUUUGAACUAGCUAUCAUAAAAAAAUCUUGGAGUGUUGAUUUUUUUAGAUUUAAAUGUCACUAAGUAAUUUUUCCUGUUUGUUUUUGGUUGGCUACGCCCACUAAAAGAAAUUCUCUUGGCUCUAUACCACACACAACUAUCCCUCCCUCUGAAAUACCACUAUCCUUUCUGCAUUUUGAACUUUCAUUCUGUUGCUUGGUUUUUGGGUUAAAGAGAUUUGACUGCAUUUAGUCUUAAGACCUUUUCGUUGAAACUUUUCAUUUUCACCUCCGGACUUUAAUUAAACUGCUUACCACUGUGAACAACCUUGUUUUCUUUAUGCAGAGAAUUAAAGCGUCUGAUGAGUGUCACCUUGUCGCCGAUUUACGCGCACUUUUCAGAGACUUUGACAGGCCUUGCUACCAUCCGAGCGUUCAGAGAUGAAGCAAGAUUCAAACAGGAAAAUGAACACAGGCUGGAAAUCAACCAACGAGCGAACUUUUGUGGUAAGAAAAUUCGACUUCGGAAAGUUCUCGCAGCGACCAAAACAAUUUCACGCUCAGAGUCCUCAGCUUUUCAGCUGGUCAGUAGUUGAGAGAGAAUUUUGGGACACACCCAAAAAACCGAGAAUGUCACUGCAAAAGUUGUUUGAAAUCGUUACAUUGUAAUUAAAUCACUGAAUCAUUCUUCUCAUCAGCUCUUGUGGCGUCACAGUGGUUAGGCUUAUUCUUACAGUUUAUUGGUGUUGCUAUGGUAACUGCAGUUGCGUUUAUUGCGGUGCUUGAGCAUCACUUCAGUACCGUUGAUCCAGGUGAGUGUUUUUCUUUGUGUACACGUAUAGGUAGACUUCCUCGCACAUCGUGAAGCCAUAGCUUUUAUGAGAUUCCAGCAGAAUCCUACAAUGUCCUACAAUGAGAACGUGGCGUUCUUCAGGCAUGUCGUCAGUCCUUCAAUAAAGGAUAACGCCUCUUAAAACUUCAAAUGCGAGGGCUAAAUUCAGUUUUCUUAAUUUUUCAUUCCCAUCCAGUUAUUGUUUUCCCAUACAGUGUGCCGCCUUGCGCUUUAUUUUCAGUCAGAACUAUUGUCGUUCUGUGCUAUUUUCCGGAAGCGGCGCGGCUGAGAGGCCAGAGUGCUGAACCUGGGGGUACAGAGCUCAAUUCUCGCAACUGGAUUUGUCCUCGGUAGUCCUUAGUUAAAAUCGUCGCCCACGCCUGAAAGAUAGCCAACUGGUUCGCCUCCUACCGGAUGGGAAUCUUAACCAUGUUAUGUUCCACUUGUAUUGCUUGUUUCAUAAAAGCUCCAUAAGGGUAAAGAUAAUUAAGUAUUUAUACCCUCACAUCCUUCCUUUCCUGACUUUCUUGUUACUUUGAGUCCCGGCGCUCUCCCUAGAGCCCUGAUUUCUUUUUUGAGCUCCUUACCAUCCCUUAAACUGCGCAACUAUAUUGUUUAUUUAUGUUCUCCAUCAGCUGUGAAGGGUCCUUUGAAUCUUGGCCACUCUUUUUAGAAUGAGUGAUUUUUGAGGGCUAGGCACACAGCCCGGUGGUGUACGCCACCCCCGGCCUCCCUCUUUCUUCCUUAAAUUUCACGUUCUCACGACUCCGUUAAAUUUAACAUGCCAUGGUGGUAACAUCCAAGUGGUAUUUAUUAUUAUAUUGUUCCGUAUGCCUUCCUCUAAAGGUCUGGUGGGUUUGGCAAUUUCGUACGCGCUGUCAGUCACGGAUCGCCUCUCAGGCAUGGUGACUUCAUUUACCGAAACUGAGAAGCAGAUGGUGAGCGUGGAGCGAGCGGUCCAGUACAUUGAAGAUGUUCAGCCUGAAAUCAGUCCUCCUGGCACGGUCAGUAUAAAUAAUAAGUGGCUCGUUUUUACUUCCAGCAACCUCUUCCUCCCUUGACCCUGGCUUAGACAGGAGAUGACAAGAGUUAAAACGCUCUUAAUCGUCUUGCGGUCAGGUCGAUUCUCCUAGAUUCGCGCAUAAUUGCUUUAGAUAUCUCAUUUUCUUUGGUACAACAAUUCGGGGAGGCUCUUGAACCUGACGCGAACAGAGCAAUGUCUUGUGAUUCUUGUGCGCCUCCAAAGCAUUUAAUGAACUCUUAUAUUUAUAUGACUUGAGACGAAUUUUGUACUCUUGGUUACUCUCAAUCUACAGACAUUUGCGACGUAUUGUACAUGAUUGACUUAACUCCAAGAUAGACCCAUGAGUACUGAAACUAACGGCGCGCAUUACUUGUACAGACUUCGCCCGCUGAAGUAUUUUAAAAUUAAAUUUUACUUUCAGGUCAUUUCCACUUGGCCAUCUCAUGGUCAGCUUACCUUCCAGAAAGUCAGCCUUGUUUAUCGGUAAGGGCACUCGAAAUCGUCGUAUAAUUAACUCUUUAAAAUUACCAUGACUAAUCUUGUAACUAAUACAUAAAUGAUGAAACGAAACCGCCGUAACUGCUAAACAUUUUAACACAGUGGGUUAUUUCCCCUAAAUAGGUUUUGCUAAGCACGAACGAAGAGCCCGCUUGAGACAUCCUCACGCGGAGAACGUGAAGCUGAGGCCAAGCCCACGAAAAAGUGCGAGACACUCGAUCCCAGCAUCGUAAUACAUGUACACGAAUCAGUUACUUGCUACGUACGCUAAAAUAAAUAGGGAAAACCCCGAGAUGCGCGCACUAGUUGUAUGAAGCACGCAACAUUUCGUUUGAGCCAAAGUGCACUUGGCAUUUAGUUUUCAGCGUUUCUAAAUGUUUAUGGCAAAUUCACUGUACUGUCUAUCGUUACCGACUUGGGUAUCAGAGAUUAUGUCUUAACUAUCUCAGUGUCAUAUUUACUCAUCGAAAUUUGUGUUACCCAUUCCUCUGGAAUGCGCCCUCGCGGAAAAAGAUUGCCUAUUUAACUAUGUGAAAUUGUCUUUCUUUUGCUUUCUUUGUCCCGACAGAGUUGGUUUGCCUCGUGCUUUGCGCGGAGUUUCAUUUUCAACAUGUGCAGGAGAAAAGGUAACCGGCAACUAUGUAGUAGACUAAUAAAGACAGCAAUUAUUUAUUUUAUGGGCACGUUAGAGGGCGACUAACAAAUUCAAUAUCAGAAUGAAGGACUCAUAUCAAUGGAGGUUUUUUCCUUUUUGUAGCUUGGCAUUGUUGGCCGAACGGGAUCUGGCAAGUCUAGUCUCUUCCAAGUACUGUUUCGCAUGGUCAACAGAUUCGAAGGAGCUGUACUUCUAGACGGUAUCAGUUUGGCUUCUGUACCGCUGAACAUUCUGAGGUUAGUAUUUCUGUGCCUGCCUAGUUUGAUGUGCUGCCUCUUUCUUCACUGUAACUGCCUCCGACUGUAAUGCAAGGUUAAAUAUCGUCUUCUUAGUUUUUGCGUCGACAAGGCGUUCCCCUUUAUCCGGUAUGAAACUUAAUCCUGUACGCUGGAAUCGUUUGGUACCCGACACCAACGAACCCUGUAUGUAUAUUUGGUUUCAAUUCUGGUGUCCUUGCACAGAAAAGAUUUCAGCACUUUUAUGAUGGCCUUAUAGUAGUUGGCCGUUUUCUUGGAUGGCGAUGAAGAUAAAUUUACGGUAAUUCCUCUUCCGGCUUCACCGCGAAUUUCUCUUGGCAAACGAAACCACGCAACAGCUGCGCACGCUACGGUCCUGGUAGUGUUGCUCCGCAGAAUCCCGUUUAUUUUAUUGUACCAGGUCGAUGACGAUGACGUUUUUCAUUAUCUAAAUGUUUUUCAGUUAAUUUCUCCGAUCUUGACAGGUGUAAGUAAGUUCUGUGUCGUCUGUUUUUUCGUAGAUCGCGGUUGGCUAUUAUUCCACAGGAUGCUUUUUUGUUUAGCGGUGGAGUGCGAAAUAAUCUUGACCCGUGGAUGAAGGUAAACUUUCAUUGGAAAAAGAAACACUAUAACACCAUAGCAUAAGAUAUGGAUUUGUGCAUGCAAAAUUUGCCUGGGAACUUCCUGUCAAAAGAAUCGUGAAUAUUGAAACGUUCUAAUAGAUUUGGAAUCAAAGAUUAACGCAUGAAGGUUUCCUUGUAUUUGCGCUCUCAGUCUGUCCACCCGCGCAGAAAUCACCGAGAGUUUGGGAACUGUUGAAGCGCUUUAAAAGAAGUAGGGAGAGAAAAGGAAAUGAACUGUAAUACUAUGACACUCAAGUAGGUUUGUGUUCAGUCUGUUCUUUUGCUUUGCUUUUCACAGCAUUCUGACUCGCAGUUAUGGACAGUUUUAGAUCGUUGUCACCUGGAACACGCUGUAAGACAACUCGGUAUGUUUACAACAUAGGGUUUUUGUUUUGUAAUCACGCAGUCUUCUGUGUAGGAGCCUGGCAGAUUAGGUAAUUUGUGAGGGAAUCAUUUAUUAGCUAAUAAUGACAAAAGAGAGUGUUAAAUGUUUUGCGAGAACUGUUUCUUUAUAUUUUUUUUGAGACUACAAUUUCUUUAUAUGUUUUUAGACAAUUGUUUCGUAAGCUGCUCGUUAAUCGUCCAUCAUUUCAAGAAAAAAGAGCGUUUGAAACCUUAUAUGUACAAGAAUUAGAGCGUGGUCUUUCGAAUCGGCUCUAAAGCGUUAUACGAAAACUGAGUGAUCAGCUGAAUUUCAGUUCUUCACUGCUCUAUAUCUCUCCAGGGGGCCUGGACGCUGAUGUCGGCGAACGUGGCCGUAAUUUUUCAGUUGGUCAGCGGCAGCUCAUCUGUUUAGCCAGAGCUCUUUUGACGCGAUCGAAGGUAAUUAAUUACUUUGGGGAAAAAAUGCUGAGAAAACUUGAAAACUCAAUUUAUGACAACCCCAUUCUUAAUUACAGGUUACCAACAUAGCCUGCUUUUUUGCCAGGCGUUCGAAAGGGAGUGGGGAAGGGAAAGUUUGCGCUCAAAAACACCCAAUUUUGCUCCCUCCACCCUCUGUUUCGGAGGCUUGCCUCGCGGGGCCAAUACCAAGAUGUCCAGGUCAGUACCCAUAUUUCAAAUGAAACAGACAUACUGUAAGUAUAGGAGCCAAUCAAACCUUCUCUAUAUUAUUUUUUAUAUUUCUUGGAAAAGCCUUUGGAAUUUUAAAUUUUGUUAGUGAGUUCAAAAUAUGGAAUACAAUGUCCUAUUGCGUUCUACUUUUUUAGCAGCAGUGGAAAAGCAAGAAUGAUUGUCUCUCAGUAGAGCUGGCAGUAUUUAGUUACAACCUUGGACGAAAGUCUAAGACAGUUCCAUUUACUCUCUAAUUAAUUUCGCGCCUUUCCGCGCGAGCAGAAAACGCGGAGGGAGAGGAGGUCUACUUCACCCUUCUCAAACUCAUUAAUAAUUCAUAAAGAAAAUUCAAAGGAAAUUAAUGUUUAAUGAGUGUUUGGAUAUCGGAUGAAAAACUGCUCAUUUUUGCAUCCUUAAUUUCUCCUUCAAAAAUGAUUUUGUUUGAGAAGAAAUAUCAAACAUUCGACACAGUGUUUCAUCACCAGAUGAAACACCUCGAAGUUCGUCAAAAAUACUCCGCUACGCGUCGUAUUUUCAACUCUCUUCUCGGUGUUUCAUCUGGUGAUGAAACACUGCGUCUCAUGUUUGAUAUAUUACUUAAAAACCGGCGCCGGCUACGCAGGCUACGACCGCUUAGGAAACUCUCUUAUUGUUCUCAGGUGCUGUGUAUUGAUGAAGCAACAGCAAGCGUUGACCUGGAAACAGACACACUGAUACAGCAGACGAUCAAAAGUGAAUUUAAGGAGAGCACUGUUUUAACCAUUGCUCACAGGUUAGAUACCUUGAUACUAGCGACAAAUGAUGUAAUAUUGAUUAUCGAGACGGCUAACUUAAGUUUGACACGGAGUUGAAACCCAUCAGUUGAAUUGGCGGCUUUGUUCUAGAGUACACUAAAAAAUUGACUUUAGAGAAAACACACGAUCCAUAUUAAGCCAAAUCUUUGGCUUUCUUUCUUUUUCUGAAUUAAUAGAGAUAAUUAGAGCCUGUUUUGCGGUUGACGGCAAACGUCAGUUGACAAUUUUUACAUAGGAUGUGAGCUGAUAAAAACAGUCUUUGCAAAAUAACCCUUAUGGGUGAACCUGAAACGAAAGUAGUCUACUAAUUUUUCUGUAGAUGUAAUCAACAGAAGACGAAAGGGAAAAGUUGGUCACGUGAUAAAAACUUACGUUUUCCGCUUUUCUAAGUGAUUCUAAGUCUACAAAUUCUGACCAUCUGCAUUGAGUAGGCGGCACGCGUGCACAUCAUAUCGAAAACCAGGCGAUGCGUUUGAGUCCCUUUUUCUCGCGAUUGCAGGUGAUAGUCAGUUCUUGGUCAAGGUCUCUGGUUGCUAGACGUUGAAAGUAAGGACGUACCAUCAAUUUGGCCUUCUCGAAUACUGGCUACGUCCCAAGCUUUUCAUGUCUACUAAGAUCACACCUAAAGCCUUGGACAGCUAACCCGUUAAUAAUAAUUAUAAUAUUAGAAAGUGGCUUAUGAAGACUAAUACAAUUCAGAAGAGUUCCUUUGUUACUUCUGAUCAACGCUUCUCUCAGUUACUUAGCUUGUUAUCGAGUGGGUAAUAUUAGGGAGCUCAGGCAAAGAGACGUUUUUGAGGUGCCGUUGACGCAAAACCACCGGAAGUAGACCUUUUUGCAUUGUUGGGUAGUAGUUUUGCCCAGAUUUUUGGGAAAAUCGUCUCUAUAAGAGGAAAGACACUUAGUAAUACAAAUUCCCUCACUUCCGGCGGUUGAUAUUCAUUGCUCAAAAAAAGCCUUUGUGUAAGCUCCUUUCAAAUAAUCAAUGCAAUCUCCCUUGUUUUAGGCUCAAUACCAUUAUGGAUAGUGAUCGUGUUCUUGUCAUGGAUCGAGGGACUGUGAUCGAGUUUGACACCCCACAAGCGUUGCUGAGAAACAAACAUUCUUUCUUCUAUGGACUGGUGCAUAGAAGCAAAUCUGAACAGAGUUAAACUUUGCCAAAACGACGAUGGAAUAUAAUUGUAAAUAGUUUAGUGAAGCUCACAAAACUAAUAAGUGAAAAUUAUUUAUUUUGGAGGGAGAGAGGUUGCUAGGUUAUGGAUUUAAAUUUAGUGGAUAGCUUUCAGCAAGCAAAAUUGGAAAGUAGAUUUAGAUUGUAGUAGCCACUGAAUCUAAAGUUUGGUCUGAGUUACAUAACUCCAUUGUGGUGUGAGUAAUAAGUUGCACUUCGAGACUUCUUCUUCUAUCCACAAGGGUCUCAACACUUGGCAAAUGAUCAACUGACUGAAAUUAUCGUGCUGUGCAUGAAGACAAAAAUGAUCACUUUUGUUCCAGACUUAACUCAGACACAGAUAGAAAAGUCUUGAUGCAGAAAAAAUUAAUGUAGAUUACAAUACCUGCUAGAAAAAAUUAAUGUCUGUUGAUUCAGGCACUUAAAUCAACACUUGCUCUCUGCUAUAAUGACUAGUACCCCAUUUGUCUGAAACAUUUAACUUCAAAGGUAUCCUUUGCUUAAAAAUGAUAAGAAUACUCAUUAGUUUGGUUUAGAGAACUUAUUCAAUUUUUCUAAUUCUUUUCAACAACUGUAUUGUUAUGAAGUCAGGGCUGCACAGGCAACCCAAGGUGUUGUGGGUCAUUACUACAUAAUCAAUUGAACAGGAGGGUGGGGGUUUGUAUGGAAAUGUUGUAUCUGUGUUGUGAGGAACUUGAAAUUAAAAAGUUUUCUAACUUAAAGUUGUUUUGAAGUGGUUUGUUGUGUGCUCUCUUUGUCUGUCACUUGUGCAAGCGAU